CCGAAUCCCGCUGAUGCGAAGACGUUGGCCACUCAUGGCCACGAUAACCGCUUGUGGUGACCCGCCAACCAGCAGUCACUUAGAGCCUUAGAGAGCCUUAGAGGUACCCAUCAAAUCAAAUCCCGACUGCAUGGCAGCAACUGCAUGUCCUCUGUCCUGCGUAUCUCAACGUCCUUUCCAAGACCGACCGUCUCAAGCAUCUUCUGGGGUGUGAUGGGAACGUGCAGCCACUUUUUCCUUCGGAAUUCGGAAUCAUCAUCUGCUUCGAACAUUUGCCGUUGACGGAUUCUAUCAACGCGCUUCUGUCCCAUCGUGCUUCCGUCUGAGGCCGCUGCUUGUCCAGUGCUCUGGCCGCCAUCGAGCUUUUCCGCAGACUGCACUUGGUGACUGUCUUCAACAACGCCAGUAACCGCCAUGCCCUUUGUUGAACCGCCUCGAAAACGACGUCGAGACGACCAAGGCGAAGAAUUCCUCUACAACUUCUUCAGCCCUAAACGGGCUCAGCAAGACCAGCUCAACAGUCCACGGGAAUGGCCUCUCCGAAAGGUCAUCCCAUUAACGAGCAAACGUGCGAGAUUCGACUAUCGACCCCAAGAACACCUACUGCAUGAGAAGCCGUACGAUAUAUACCCCAAGCAAAAAUCAAAAGGCACCAACCUGCUACUCACGCCGUGCCAUAUUUGCGGUGAUCACCCUUCGAGGGUAUCUCAGCUGGACGCUUUUGCUCAUUGCCAAGACAAGGGUACCGUACGGAGAAGAACCGCAGAAAACAACAGGAGGAGCAUCUUGGAAAGCGAAAGGACACCAGAGUAUAAUAUGCCGAUGUUGUUGCGUGGAGCCAAAGGAGACGGACGGGGAGGUUGCGUGCCUGGGUUGUUACCAUCAAUUUGCGGCCGCGAUAGGCGUGUAAGGGGGGAACGACAACAAUGGCAUAGAGAUGGUGCACUCUUCACCAUAUAACGGCACAGCUUUGCAUUUCGACACGACGGAUACCCAUGAACAACACAGUAGAGUGGAACAUUUUACUUCUCGACCUAGCAUUGCAUCUUCUUUCAUCAGGGCUUACUGGGACUGGGACUGGGCACGGGCGUCCAUGCUUUUGGUUUAUAUCGUCGGAUCAUACAUAAUGAGAAAGUAGUAGA